GUGAAACCUGUCCCUAUAUAUACACUGAAGCGUAUGAUUACAAGUAUACUCUGUUUGAACCAUCAACGGAUCUACACAACCUAGCAUUGAAAUAUCAUCAAUAAUGGCAACUAAAAGAGAAAAGAUAACUGAGGAUGAUACACAAUGUUCAGUAUGUCGGACAACCUUUCGGAAUCCAAGAAUAUUGCCAUGUAAGCACAUGUUUUGCCACGAAUGUUUGUGUGGGGUCGUGAAACGACAUGACGGAAAGUCUGCCUUCCCUUGUCCUCUGUGCCGGGCUUCUACCAAUACUGACAUUCGUAUAACUAUUGAACCAUCAGAUAGACUAGUAAAUCAAUUCCCUGUGGAUCGUGAGAUGCAAUCUCAUUUGGAAAGAAGGCAGACAUGCCUCGCAUGCAAAACCGAGAGUAAAAAUGAGACUGCGACGGUAUAUUGUAUGGGCUGUCACGAACACAUGUGUACGGUCUGUGGAGAAACUCACAAAAAGUACAAAUUGAUGAGGAGUCAUCAGUUACGGCCGUCAGAAGAGGCGCCUUCAUCCAAAGUAAAGGAUUCGUUACAGGAACUGAAUCGCUGUCCAAAUCAUGAAAAUGAACAUUUGGAGUUUAUUUGCCAGGAUCAUGACCAACCUUGCUGUAGUAAAUGCGCUUUCACGUCGCAUCGAAAAUGUGAUAACGUAAUGCUUAUAAGUGACGUCAUUAAAGACAAUAAAACCUACGAAGCUAGUAUUAAACAAAGAACAGACAUGAUAGACAACGCUUUAAAGCGUGUUUCUACUCUGUGCCUCGAACUAGAAGCAGAGCCGUCACGUAUUGCCACAAGUUAUGAAAAUAUAGACAAACAGCUGAACGAAUUUAAACUUCGUAUAAACGAUGCAUAUGAAAGUCUUCGAAGCUCAGUAAAAAAGGCGUUUAUGGCGGAAAAAUCCAAAAUACUAAGGUCGUCAGAGAUUACAUUAAAUAACGCAACUGCGAAAAAGGUCGAUAUUCUAAACAAGAAGGAGGAGCUUGACGGUGUUCUUUCUCAUGGUGACGAAGUUCAGAAAUAUUUGUACAUGCGUAAUCAGGCAAACUAUGUUGAUGCUAACGCGACAUGGCAAAUAGAAUUCACGCAGAAACGCAUCGUUCUUGAUAAGAAAAUGCAGCCCUCUUUACUAAAUCUUCGUUUGGAAAAUGAAUUGCUUAUUCCACAGGACGGAAGACCGCGACGUCCCCCUCCAAGAUCUACACAUACUUUGUUAGAUAAUAUAAUUGAAGCAAUAAAAAACCUUGUUGAAGUUAAACAAGAGAUAUGUAAGUAAGGCCGUAGUUGAAUCGCUUAAAAAACUUUCUUUGUGAAAUUUUUAACACAGAUAAUUUUAAAACGAUGUAGUAGUGUCAGAAUACGUGUAUGACAAGAACCUUUACAUAUAACAUAGUUGUUCUUCUGUUCAAUAACACUGAUAUUUUUCAAUUAGUCCCAAUUUCGUUUCGAUGCAUUCACCAAGUGUUACCCAAUGC